AUGAAUUCUCCAUCAGCCGCGGAUGAGAUAGAUGAAGAAAAAGAGCGUGCCCAUUUUAGAGCUGUAGUUACCGCUUUUAAAUAUUAUAAAUUAUGUGGUUUGGAGAGAUUACAUAAAUCAGAAAAAAUUAUAUCCAUGCUUCCACACAACCAUCAGAGGCGUUUAGAAAAGUACAAGACUUAUCUAGCUAAGUUUAAAAAAUGUCUUGACAUUAACAAUAGUGUAGUACAUCUAAUUAUUAAGGAUGUGGAUACAAUGUUUGAGAAUGUUGAUCAUAGUAAUGCAGAUACAUCAGGAACCAACGGCACAGAAUGUUUUGGUUGCAAUUAUAACAAUUGUGAAAUUACAUCACUUAAACAACAUAAAAUGCAGCAUGAUGUUGAAAAAGUACAGUCAGUGUUAAAAAAUAUAGUAAGAGACUGGAGUGCAGUAGGUGUGCCUGAACGAGAACAAUGCUACCAGCCCAUAUUGAAUGAGUUGGAGGCACGUUUUCCACUUGAAGAAUUUAGUGACAGAUCACAGAUCAAGGUCUUAGUCCCAGGAGCAGGGCUAGGACGUCUUGCGUGGGAGAUCGCUAACAAAGGUUACAUGUGCCAAGGAAAUGAGUUUUCUCUAUUUAUGCUCUUCGCUAGCAACUUUGUACUCAACCGUUGUCCUGAGGUGAAUAUGCAUACAGUUCAUCCAUGGUUACAUCAGUACGUAAACAAUGUAACAUGUGAACACCAGCUCCGUCCCGCCACAUUCCCUGAUGUCAAACCUUCUGCUGACAAACCAAAUUACAAUUUCUCUAUGACUGCAGGAGACUUUCUUAAGGUAUGUGAAACAUUAUGA